CUCGGUCCAGGCCAAACCAAGCUCCUGUUCACACCUGCUCUCCAUCUUGCUCUCACCAUGAGUACUCGUUUGCAGAGUUCCUCUGCCAGCUAUGGAGGUGGCUUUGGAGGUGGCUCUUGUCAGCUGGGAGGAGGCCGCAAUUUCUCUACCUGUUCAAGCCGGGUUGUCUCUGGUGGAUCAGCUGGGGGCUAUGGGGGCGGCAUGAGCUGCGGCUUUGGUGGAGGGGCUGGUAGUGGUUUUGGGGGUGGCUUCGGUGGUGGCUUUGGAGGUGGCUUUGGUGGGGGUUUCGGCGGUGGCUUUGGUGACUGCAGUGGCGAGGGCGGCCUCCUCUCUGGCAAUGAGAAGAUCACCAUGCAGAACCUCAACGACCGCCUGGCCUCCUACCUGGAGAAGGUGCGCGCCCUGGAGGAGGCCAACACUGACCUGGAGGUGAAGAUCCGUGACUGGCACCUGAAGCAGAGCCCGGCCAGCCCGGAGCGCGACUACAGCCACUACUACAAGACCAUCGAGGAGCUCCGGGACAAGAUCCUGGCAGCCACCAUCGACAACAACCGGGUCAUCCUGGAGAUUGACAAUGCCAGGCUGGCUGCGGACGACUUCAGGCUCAAGUAUGAGAACGAGCUGGCCCUGCGCCAGAGCGUGGAGGCCGACAUCAACGGCCUGCGCAGGGUGCUGGACGAGCUGACCCUGGCCAAGACCGACCUGGAGAUGCAGAUCGAGAGCCUGAAGGAAGAGCUGGCCUACAUGAAGAAGAACCACGAGGAGGAGAUGAAGGAGUUCAGCAACCAGGUGGUAGGCCAGGUCAACGUGGAGAUGGAUGCUACCCCGGGCAUUGACCUGACCCGUGUGCUGGCGGAGAUGAGGGAGCAGUACGAGGCCAUGGCGGAGAAGAACCGCCGCGACGCUGAAGAAUGGUUCCAUAGCAAGAGUGCAGAGCUGAACAAGGAGGUGUCGACCAGCUCCGAAAUGAUUCAGACCAGCAAGACGGAGAUCACGGAGCUCAGGCGUACGCUCCAGGGCCUGGAGAUCGAGCUGCAGUCCCAGCUCAGCAUGAAAGCUGGGCUGGAGAGCACAGUGGCGGAGACGGAGUGCCGCUUUGCCACGCAGCUGGCACAGAUCCAGGCUCUCAUCAGCAGUAUGGAGGCCCAGCUGAGUGACUUGAGGUCUGACACUGAGCGGCAGAACCUGGAGUACCGGCAGCUCAUGGACAUCAAGUCGCGGCUGGAGCAGGAGAUCGCCACCUACCGCAGCCUGCUCGAGGGCCAGGAUGCCAAGAUGUCUGGCUUCGCUUCCACAGGAGGAACCAUCAACAUUAGCAGCACUGCUACUGCUGGCUCCAAUUCUGGCCGCCGCGUUUCGGAAACCCGUAGGCCUUAAAUCUGCCUGGCAUCCCCGCCCUCUGCCUUCAGCACCCAGAGGAAGAGUGAGAUGAAGGUUCCUGUAGGAGAGAGGGAGAGACUGGGGGACACUCAGUCACUCCGCUCCCAGGCUCCUGGCCCCCACUCUCCGAGGGUGGAUGCUCUGUGCCCUUUUCUCUGGGUCGGCUUCCUUUUCUUCCUGACAUGGCUAAUCUGAUUUCUCAGCUCCUCUACUAAAAAGAAAAUUCAAUAAA